AUGAAUCCAAAUGGCUCUCCACAAGCCUUCUUGUAUAAGGUUUCGAUCCUGCAUCAGUUAGCUGCAUGGCCAUGGCAAACAUUAUCAGCAUCAGCAAGAGUCUCAUCAGGUUAUAAGUAUGAUUUUGUCAACAAGGAAGAUGAGGUGUCUUUUGCCUACUUUGUUGAGGAUUUAUCCUUCAUUUUUAGAGUAGUGGUUGAAAACUCUGGAUUGCUUCAGAACUUUAUGUGGAAUGAUCGUGAUUUUCAAUGGAAGGAACUCUGGUCAGCACCUAAAUACAGGUGUGACAACUAUGGACACUCUGGUGCAUAUAGUAAAUGUGGUCAGGAGUAUCUUGACAAAUAUAAUGGGUUUGAGUGUACGUGUUUGCCAGGGUAUGAACCCAAGUCUCCGAAGGGUUGGUAUCACAGAGAUGGUUCUGAGGGAUGUGUGAAGAAGAACUUGGGGUUGUCGAUGUGUGGGAAUUGCGAAGGGUUUGUGAAGUUAGAAAGUGUGAAGAGUCCCGAUUCAUCUAAUGCAGCUUGGAUGGAGACGAGUAUGAGUAGCUCAGAGUGCCAGCAGGCAUGCUUGAGUAAUUGUUCUUGCACAGCUUUUAUCAACAUGGAUAUUGAAGGGAAGGGGACCCGUUGCUUGGCAUGGUAUGGUGAAUUGAUGGGCAUUUUUGAGAAUUCAAUUGAAUGGAAGGAUCUAAAUAUACGUGUGGAUGCAACUGUGAGUUAGGUAGCCUUCUCUGCCUGCUUACAUUUUUUGUAAAUUUUCAUUUCUUCCUAUUUCACUUUUUUGGUCUAUUUGGUUGGAUGGAAAACUAUGAAAGGAAAAUGGCAGGUUUGUGGGACUUUACUAUAAUUUGGUUAAUUUAAAUUUGGGUGGAUGGAAAAUGGUGGGUAUGGGCCUACCAAAACUUAUCCUCUCAAAUUAGAAGGAAAAGGCAUAGAGUCCUUGUUAAUCAAGGUAUUUGUCCCUCUUGCUAAGGGUUCUCUUCACUAAUGUUCAGGGUAAUUGUCCCAUCGGUGCUUUAUGCCAAUAAGGAUUUCUUUUCUUUCAUGUAUACUCACGGUUGGUUUGUUUGUUUAUAUUUUUGUUUUGUUUUUGGUUUUUUUUCACCUGCUACUUACACAAGGAAGUCAAAAGGUUUUCCUGGCAACAAGAAGCAGCUGGUUACUAAAAUAUUGUCUUUCGCUGUGCCAUUAAUUCUGGUAUCCUUGAUGGCCUAUAUGUGGCUAAUGAAGAAGAAAAAAAACAAAUGGUAACAUAAACGCUUGCUUUGUAUUGUUGACUCGCUCACAUGCACAGUCGUUAGAUUAGUCCUCCACGCUAUAUAAAUCCUCAGUUAAAUUAUAGAGCAAUGUCUAUCAAAUAUGCUGUAGGACAGUGAAGAGGAAAUUGCACAAUCAAUCAUUAAACUUUACCAGUACCAAAGGCUCUUUGGAGGUGUACGAGCUUGAGGGCAGUAGUAGAAAUCCUCAUUUAUCGAUUUUCAAGCUAAGUAGCAUAGUUGCUUCAACUGACAAUUUCUCUCCAACCAACAAACUUGGACAAGGUGGUUUUGGCCCUGUUUUUAAGGGUCAAUUAUCUGAUGGACAACAAAUAGUUGUAAAAAGCCUAUCAAAGAGUUCAAGACAAGGAAAAGAGGAAUUCAAAAAUGAAGUUGUCUUGAUUGCAAAACUUCAACACAGGAAUCUUGUCAAAAUUUUGGUUGUUGCAUUGAGGAGGAAGAAAAGAUGCUGACUUAUGACUACAUGCCCAACAAAAGCUUGGACACCUUCAUUUUUGCUUGAUCUAAAAACUUUAUCUGUUACAAUCCUUUCUUACGGGCCAAAUCUCCUGAGCAAUGGGCAGCUGUGGACUUGGACACCCACUACUCAGAGGUGAUGGACUCACAAAAUCAAAAUCCCUUCUUCCUUGACAUUUUACAAGACAAUGAACAAGGUUUUGAGUCUUUUGACAGCAGUAAUUUGAUGUUCACUCCGCAUUCAGACGUCAAUGUCCAUCAAUCUCCACCCCAAGUUGAAAUGGGACAAUCUAUACCCCCUAUUGCAAAAAAAUCAACUACUAAGAGAGGUCAACGGGGAAUCAACUUCACCAUAGAUGAAGACAUUAAGCUAGUGUCGACGUGGCUCAAUAUUAGCUUAGAUGUCGUGACAUCGACGAACCAAAAACACACAACAUUUUGGGAGAGAAUUUGGUCUACCUUCCAUAAUGACAAGAAAUUUAACUGCACUAAGGAUUCUUUAAAUAGUCGGUGGUCAACAAUUCAAAGGGAGACCAACAAGUUCUGUGGAUGCUUGGCCCAAAUUGAGAACCGGAAUGAAAGCGGUAAAACUGAGCAUGACAAGAUUGAAGAUGCAAAAACUAUGUAUCAAAUUAAUUGCAAAAAUGCAUUUCAAUUGGAGCAUUGUUGGAGAAUUUUGAGGAAUGAAGCUAAGUGGUUGAUUCUAAGAGAUAGUUUGAAGGCCCGCACAAGACAACCAACCACACGACCAGCCACACAAUCCUUUGCAAGCUCAAUAAAUGUAGAUGAAGAUAAUGAAGAGAUGAACUCCAGCGAAACCUUGGAGAGACCUAUAGGCAAGAAGGCCGAAAAGGUGAAAUUAAAGAAAAGAAAGAAUUGUGAUGACGUGAUCCCAACACUUUCCUCCCAAUUGGACGAAAUCAAGGAAGAAAAGAGAAGAAUGCAUGAGGAGAAAAAGGAAAGUAUGUGCAUUGCAUUAGAAGAACGAAAAGAGGCAAUGCGCAUUGCAUCCGAAGAACGAAGAGAGUUGAUUCGUAUCAAGGAAGAGAAGAAUGAAGUAGAAAAAAGGAAAAUGGAAGAUGAACUUAUGAUGAAAGAUACAAGAACUAUGGAUCCUGAGCAAAAAGAAUACAUUCGUCUACGUCGUUUGGAAAUCUUGGAGAGGUUAAGGUCUAAAUACGCAUCAUAAUGGAAUAUUAUUAUUGACAAUAUCUAAUCAAGUAAUUUUUUGUAUAGUGCAAAGAUACUAGCACAUAGUUGAUAUAGAUGAUUUGAUGUUAGACAUCUAUUUUGUAGUAUUUACUUGU